AUGUCUCCCCUGGACCCAGACCCUGGGUCUGAGGGGCCCCCGGCCCCUGAUGGUGGGUUUGAGCGACCCCCGGCCCCUGACGGUGGAUCUGAGCGACCCCUGACUCCUGAUGGUGGAUCUGAGCGACCCCCGGCCCCUGAUGGUGGGUGGGGCUGGGUGAUCGUGGUGGUGAGCUUCCUGGCUCUGAUGCUGGCGUAUGGCUCCCCCCAGUCGGUGGGAGUCCUGUACCCGGAGUGGCUGCUGGUCUACGGGGAGUCGAAGGCCACCACGGCCUGGGUGGGAUCCGUGGUGGCUGGAGUGGGACUCACUGUGGGUCCUAUCUGCAGUGUGUGUGUGGUGAACUUUGGUUCUCGUCCCGUCUCCAUAUUCAGUGGUCUGAUGGUGUCGGGGGGGUUGAUGCUGAGCGCCUUCGCCCCCAGCGUCUCCUUCCUCAUCUUCUCCUACGGCAUCGUGGUCGGAGUCGGUGCUGGACUCCUGUACUCAGCCACCAUCACCAUCACCUGCUCCUACUUUGACAAGAGGCGAGGCCUGGCCCUGGGGAUAAUCACCACAGGUGGGAGCGUGGGCAGCUUCCUGUACUCGUCCCUGCAGAGUGAGCUGGUCCAGAGGUUGGGUCUGGACGGCUGCCUGCUCAUCGUCGGCGCCCUGGCCCUCAACGUGGUGGCCUGCGCCGGCCUCAUGAGACCUUUAACCCCGCCCAGGUACUACCUCCGACAGAGAGCCGCCAUCUUGGAGCAGCGGCUUCAGGAGGAGGAGCAGCAGGCGUCCAAUCAGAAGCCCCCAACCAAGGAUCAGGUCGUCACCGUGGAAACCAAAGGUCUGAUGAGGAGGAGGAGGAGCGUGUUCAGCUGCACCGCCUAUGUUACGGUGAUAAAGGUCAAGUUAAGACGUCGCACUCGGUGUUUGUCCUCCAUGUUGUCCCUCCUUCAGGACAGAGUGCUCAUGGCGUCGUGCAUCACCCUCUUCUUCUACAGCUUCGGUAGCUAUCCACCUCUGCUCUUCCUGGAGGACCUGGCCCGGGGCUCCUCCAUGACGGAGGACGCUGCCUCCGCCUCCACCUCCCUGGUCUCUCUGAUGUCUGUUGGUUGCUGUGUGGGAAAACUAAGUCUGGGCAUCAUGGCCGACGUCCCCCGGGUGGACAGUGUCCUCCUGUACACCCUGACGGUGGGAGUGAGUGGAAUCUGCGUCCUGAUCAUCCCCUACAUCAGGUCGUAUCUGGGCCUCCAGCUCCUGUCCCUGGUCCUGGGUUUCCUGAGUGGGAACUGGACUCUGGUGCCAUACGUGAUCAGUCAGGUGGUCGGUCCGGAGAAGCUCGCCGAGGCUCAUGGGAUUCUCAUGUUCUUCGGAGGCUUCGGCAUCAUGUUGGGUCCUCCUGUCGUAGGUGGUUUCUACGACAUCUGUGAAUCGUACAACGCCGCCUUCUUCAUCACCGGAGGUUUCAUGAUGGCCACCAGCAUCGUCCUCUUCCUCGCCGCCGUCCUCCCACGACCACAAACCCGUCCCCCUCCUCCUCCUCCACAGAUCAGCUGCCACGUUACCACGGUGACAAGCUGACGGAACAAAUCCGAAUCCUGGAUCAGAAUUAAGAUUGAAAUUAGACUUUUACACUGUGUUUACAUGAAGGCGUUGGACGUCUCUGCCUGGAAGACAAAACUCAGGGUAGCAGGUUUUUGAGUUCAGGUAUUUUCUUGGUGCUAAGCUGAAAUAAAAUGGCCGAAUAAACUUCACUGUGACUGUAAAACUCAGCUAACGAACCCCGAAAAGUCAUAGAUGGAGAAUGAGGAAUUAUGAGAUGAACUCUGUGAGACAAUCAGGACUGACAGUUCAAAUAUACCACAGUCUGAUGUGACCUGAACGCAGCGUUAAGGUCCAGCUGCAAGUUACUUCAUUUGUACCUGCAGGUAAACUUGGCUUGUGGUUUGAAGCACGGCAUCCAUCGCAAUCAAAACCAGACACAUGAACCAAGACGACAACUAA